CAGCAUGCCCCCGAUGGUCUCUCGACGGGCAAGGUUUGCAUUCAGCGAAUAUUACCUGCCGUUCGGUGCCCAGUGAGUUCAGACCACGCCAUUGCCGAGCUCUCGUGGCAAGACGUACUCUGCCGUCAAGAUGGGGAUUCGUGGAAUUCAAGGAGACUAGUCGACCGCCAUUGGGGAGGUUAAUACUGCAUAGUUUGUGAAUGUUGAUCAUCCGGAAUCGAUGCGGUUAUUGGUGCGGUUAGGAGUGCUUCGGCAUGCGACGCUGUCAGAUGCAGCGACAUCUGGAAGGUCGCAAAGCAGUUCAACCAGUGACUCCAGAGAAAAUGCUAAGGAGACUUGCAACCCAGCUGCCAUGUGGCCCCCUCAAGAAUUUUCCCUUCAACGCGGGGCUGGGACUUGCACAGCCGUGUAUGUGGCGUGCCGGAGUUCAGUGUCUUCCCCGCAGUCUGAUCGAGAAUUGGGAAGCCCCCGGGCAGAAAAAGAAUCCAUUCUCUCGCGAGUGAAGCAUCGUAGUUGAUUGAAUUGGGUUGCGGAUUAUGCGGUAUAUCCUUGAGUCUGCCAGCAAACUUAGCAUG